UGCUGGCGUGUGCUAUUCACCAUCUGAAAUGGAGGAGAAAUAUUUUGAUUGGCCAGUUUUUUGAAAAAAAGGUAAAAUUCAAUGUAUGUAAUUGUGCUAAAUGCGGUGAACGCCAGAAAAUUUAUUUCAGAGACGAGUGUGUUGAUUGUUUCUGUACAUGGCUCUUCACUCCUAAUCAUGAAGGCUACUUGACAAUAGCUCACAAUUUUAGAAAGGAAACGGCAUAUUGUCACUACAAACCGCCACAGGUUCUACGUCAAGGUUCACGGAUCAUAGUGCUAAAGGACCCAUCCACGGGCGUAGAGUUCAGGGAUACGCUGAAUUACAUUCAACUCAAAUUAGCUGACUUUCCAAAGUGUUUUGGUCUCCAGGCCAAAGGAGAGUUUCCCCAUCUCUCCCACAUAGCCAGAAACAAAAUUAGAACUACCAUGAAGGAAAAUUGCCACCUUUGAAGUUCUACGACCCAGACAGUAUGAUGCCUGAUAAGAAAAAAAGCUACCAAUAGCUUGUGGGAUUUCAAAACAGAACUGGGUAAGUUACAAAACUGAAUAAAUGCUCUAAUACAUUAGACAUAUCGAUUAUAAACGCAC